AUGGAGACGACUGCUGAUCAGCGCAAGUGCCACAACUGCGGCGAGUCCGGCCACAUUCGUCGUGACUGUUCUGAGGCUCCCUCGCAAGAGAGCGGCCCUGGUGGCUACAACAGUGGGGGUGCUGCCUGUUUUGGCUGCGGAAAAUCUGGUCACCUGAAGCGUGACUGCCCUACGAGCGCCGGUGGCCGUGCCUGCCACAACUGCGGCCAAGUGGGCCACAUCCGUCGCGAUUGCGCUGAAGAUGUGCAGCCACCGAAAUGCCAUAACUGCGGUGAGUCGGGUCAUCUCCGUCGUGACUGUGCACAGGAGCUGCGUGAGUCACGCAAGUGCCACCACUGCGGCCAAAGUGGUCAUCUCCGUCGUGACUGCCCUGAUGAUAACGGUCCUAACGAGGACAAAUGCUACCAGUGUGGUGAGGCUGGUCAUUGGGCCCGAAACUGUCAUGGCGUUACUGCAUAA